AACAGAAUAAUAAUAAUAAUAAUCAUAAUUAUAAAAAAUGGCGUUUCAGGACUUUGAUUAUAUCUCCGAACGUCGGAAAAAUGAGCAGAAACAGAAGGCCAAGAACCGUAUUAUGAUCGGUGUCGUCCUCUUCCUCGCUGUUCUCGUCCUGAUCGCGGCUGCGGCCUGCGCAUAUGUCUACAUAAACCGCAACUCCGCCGCAGACGGAAAAACUGGCAAGCAUAGCACCAACCAUCCAAACCCUGCCAAAGAUAAAGCAGCACAUGCUAAAGACGACGGUAAUGCCGCAACUCUAAAGGCAGUUAAGAUGCUCUGUAGCUCUACGGACUACAUACAAACCUGCCAGGACAGCCUCUCCAAGUACAUCGGUUCCAAUGCCACCGCCAGCAAGCAGCCGAAGGAUCUUCUCCAAGCUGCCAUCUCCGUUGUCUCCGCAGAGCUCCAAAAGGUCUACGACAAAGUCUCCACAAUGAACUUCGAUACCCCCGAGCUCAAAGGAGCCUUUGAGGAUUGCAAGGUACUAUUCCAAGACGCAAAGGAUGAGCUCAAUUCCUCCGUCUCCAGUGUCCAUCAACAGACCACAACAAGUCUAUCGUCCUCAACUCCCGACCUCAACAACUGGCUGAGCGCCGUCAUGUCCUACCAGGAAACCUGCAUCGACGGGUUUCCUGAUGGAGACGUGAAGACAUCCAUGAAUACGUCCCUACAGAGCGUCAAGGAGCUCACCAGCAAUUCCCUCGCCAUUGUCAAUCAAGUCUCCGGGUUGUUCUCAGCGGUCAACUUUGGGGCAAGCCGUCGCCUUUUGGACCAUGAUGGGCUGCCUUCGUGGAUGUCAGACGAAGACCGCAGAAUGCUUAAGCGCAAGGAUAAGAGCAAGGAUAAAAGUCUAGUGCCUAAUGUGACCGUCGCUUUAGAUGGGAGUGGCCAGUUUAAGACUAUAUCUGAUGCAUUGGCAGCCAUGCCAACCGCAUAUGAAGGAAGGUACAACAUUUAUGUGAAAGAAGGAAUUUAUCAAGAAUAUCCCAUAGUAUCUAAAAACAUGAUAAACGUUACCAUCUACGGCGAUGGAUCUCAGAAGUCCGUUGUUACCGGGAAUAAGAAUUUCGUCGACGGUGUUCGUACAUUUCAAACUGCAACAUUCACUGUCUUAGGAGACGGUUUCAUGGCCCAGUCCAUCGGAUUCAAAAAUACCGCCGGCGGCGAAAAGCAUCAGGCCGUGGCCAUACGUGUUCAAGCAGACCGUUCGGUUUUCCUCAACUGCCGCAUGGAGGGUUACCAGGACACCGUGUACGCUCAGACUCACAGACAGUUCUACCGUGGGUGUCUCAUCACCGGCACGGUUGACUUCAUCUUCGGAGACGCAGCGUCGAUAUUUCAGAACUGCGUGAUGUACAUAAUGAAGCCCCUUGACAACCAGCAGACAAUCGUGACGGCCCAAGGAAGGAUAGAUAAGCGCGAGACGACGGGGAUCGUGCUGCAGAAUUGCAAAAUCCUAGCGGACAAAGGGUUCGAGGAGGACAAGAUGAAGUUCAAGAACUAUCUGGGGAGACCUUGGAAGGAAUAUUCUAGAACGAUCGUGAUGGAAUCGGAGAUCGGCGAGUUGAUCGACCCGGCUGGAUGGAUGCCGUGGGAAGGAGAUUUUGCCCUAAAUACUCUUUAUUAUGCCGAGUAUGCGAAUACGGGUCCUGGAGCGAAAACCGAUUCAAGGGUUAAAUGGGCCGGGUACAAGGGAAUUAUCAGCAAGACCGAGGCCCAGAAAUACACUGUUACUCCCUUCUUACAAGGCGACACGUGGCUGGACAGCAACACCAAGGUUCGCUUUGGUUUAUCAUCUUGA